AUGACAAACAAUUCCAAGUUCAGUCAUUUGCCUCGCGCAGCCACGGGUCCCAUGAAAUGUCCUCUCCAGGGCACUUCGUUGCUGACAUCGUCCCAUUUCAACAAGGGCUCGGCCCAUCCCAAGGAUGAGCGCACGGCAUUCAAACUCACUGGGUUGCUGCCUCCAAAUGUCCAGACACUGGACGAGCAAGUCGACCGAGCCUACCAGCAAUAUACCAACUGUGAAAGUGACCUGGCCAAGAACACGUUUAUGGCGAGCAUGAAAGCGCAGAACGAGGUUUUGUAUUACAAGCUGUUACAAAACCACCUCAAAGAAAUGUUCAGUGUGAUCUACACACCAACGGAAGGAGACGCAAUUCAGAAUUACUCUCGUCUAUUCCGCAAGCCCGAGGGCUGCUUUCUGAGCAUUCGAGACCAAGACGCAAUCGAGGAAAGCUUCGCGGCAUUUGGUGGCGAGCCCGAGGAUAUUGAUUACAUUGUGGUCAGCGAUGGAGAAGAGGUAAGGUUGCACCAAAUGACUUUUCCAUUCGGACUGGACGUCGAGCGAUCAGUCGAGCGAUCAGUCGAGCAAUUUCUCAUUCUUUUGGGAGUUGGUCAGAUUCUAGGCAUCGGAGAUCAGGGUAUCGGUGCCGUUCUAAUCUCAGUUGCCAAACUGGUGAUCACGACUCUCUGUGCCGGAAUUCAUCCGUCACGUCAAUUGCCCGUCGUGCUGGACUGUGGGACAAAUAACGAAGAGCUGCUCAACGAUGAACUCUACCUCGGCCUCAAAGAGCGACGGGUUCGAGGCGAGGAAUACGACCAAUUUGUGGACAAGUUUGUGCAAACGGCCAGAAAACGCUUCCCCAACGCUUAUAUUCACUUCGAGGACUUUGGUCUCUCGAAUGCAAAGAGAAUCCUGGACAAAUAUCAGCCACAGAUUCCAUGCUUCAACGACGACAUCCAAGGCACAGGCUGCGUCACUUUGGCGGCCAUGCUUGCAGCUCUGAGUGUUAGCAAACUUCCUCUUGAGAAUGCUCGUGUGGUCAUCUUUGGCGCCGGAACUGCCGGAACUGGUAUUGCGGAGCAAAUAGUGGAAGCAAUGGUCGCUCAAUCUCAUAAGUCCAAGGACGACGCUUGUCAACAAAUAUGGUGCAUCGACAAACCUGGCCUUCUCCUCAAAUCUCACGGUGACAAGCUCACUCCCGCCCAAGCCACAUUUGCCAGAGACGACAAUGAGUGGCCAAACGACACCAAUCUGGAUCUUCUCGCCGUGGUCCGUCAAGUCAAACCUCAUGUCCUGAUCGGGACAUCCACCAAGCCAGGGGCUUUCAGCGAAGAAAUUGUCCGCGAGAUGGCAAAGCACGUCGAGCGUCCCAUCAUCUUCCCCCUGAGUAAUCCUACUCGUCUGCAUGAAGCCAAACCACAGGAUCUGUAUAAUUGGACUGAUGGAAAGGUCUUGACCGCCACUGGGAGUCCCUUCGCUCCCGUGGAAUAUAAGGGUCAGAAAUACGAGAUUGCGGAAUGCAACAACUCCACCUGCUUCCCCGGCAUCGGACUCGGCGCCGUGCUCUCACGCAGCCGCCUCGUCUCCAAAAAGAUGCUCGUGGCAGCCACCGAAGCCCUCCAAGCCAAAUCUCCCGCUCUCGAGGAUCCCUCUCGACCUCUCCUUCCGGACGUCGAAGACGUGCGUGAGAUAAGCGUCAACAUUGCGGCUGGGGUGAUCCGAUGCGCGGAGAAAGAAGGACUCGCGGGCCAGGAAGGGAUUCCGGCCGACGAUGAUGAGUUGAGGGAGUGGAUUCGGGCGCAGAUGUGGGAGCCGGUUUAUAGGGCGUUGGAGAAGGGGGAAUAA